AAUCAGAUUGUAUUCUAGUUUCUAGACUGUGAUGACCUUUUUACUAAACCUUCCAUUCGGGUGGGAAGCCAUGAGCAGAGCAACAAAACGCUGCUGUACCACAAUGAUCGGAGGACUGGCUGCUCUGAUUCUUCUGAGUACAGAGUCUCUGAUUCAAACUGCGGAGGUUCCUCACCUGAUCUCUUUGACUGUGGCUGAACAUGGGGACAAUGUUAAUUUGACGUGUACAGUCCCUCCAACGGAACACAGAUACUUUCAUAUGUAUAAGCAGCCUCUAGGACAUAUGUUGCAAACAGUUGUGUCAGGAUUUCUUGAUAAAAUGACAGUCACGGAUCAAUUCAAAGACUCACGUUUCAACGUCACCAAAGAGGAUGAUCGGAUUCUUCUUACCAUCAGAAAUGUCAGUAAGGAUGAUGAAGCAACCUAUUUUUGUCAAGAGUCAUCAAAGUAUUCCCAAAGUUUCGUCAAUGGCACAUUCUUGGCUGUGAACGAUCAUAAAAAUCAACAGAAACACGUCUACGUGAAACAAAGUCCGGAGACUACAUCAGUCCAGCCGGGAGACUCGGCGACUCUCCAGUGUUCACUUCUCUCCAAGAACAAACACAGCAGCGUCCAGUGUCCAGGUGAACACAGUGUGCACUGGUUCAGAGCUGGAUCAGAGGGAUGGCAUCCUGGCAUCAAUUACAGCCACAGUCACAGAAGUGAUGAACGCAGCUGUGUCUACAGUCUGUCCAAAACUAUAAAGAACUCCUCUGAUGCUGCGACUUACUACUGCGCUGUGGUCACAUGUGGAGAGAUCCUGUUGGGUGAAGGAACCACAGUGGAGACAGGAUCAGAACUGGAACCAGUUGUCCUGGUGCUUGGGGUGCUGUUGGCCUGCUGUGUGAUCGUGGUUCUCGCCCUUAUUGUCUUUGUAAAUCGAAGAGUCUGCGAACAUUGCAAAGGAGCAUCGAGGGCUUCCCAACACAGUGGACACGACAGCUCAACUCUGGAUCCAUCAAACAAUUUGGAUGGUGAAGCAGAGGAAGUGAACUACGUUGCGUUGAAUAUCGCUGCAAGGAAAACGAAAAGAGCGAUGAAGACGAGAGAGUCACCACAUGAGUGUUUCUACUCUACUGUAGUCCAGCAGCGCCCCACUUCAUAGCAGGACAUGUACACCAGGCAACAAAAAGUCUCAUCAGUAUUAUCAACUAUUUUGUCUUAACUCGACUUGUUGUGUGUUACAGUAUUUAUUUCUGUGCUGUGCGGCCAUAGUUUCUCCGAGCGCCCCUGUUUCCAGACUUGCUGGUUAAUCCAAUCCCAAAGCCUUGACAUCUUAGAUCCUCUCUCUCAUUAUUGUUUACCAGUGGUUGCAGUGCCUGUCAAACAAUGAGCAGAUACUGUAAAAUGUAUUUCAAAUAAUGACAAUAACAAUAAAU